CGUGUCACAACGAAAACAAGAGAGAGAGAGAGAGAAAAAAAAAAAAAAAGAAGAGAGGAAAGUAAUAAUAAUAAGUAACUAACUCCCUUUGAAUUGUUACCGAAGAAAACAAAGCACCGAGAUCUGAAUCAAUGGCGUUGGAAUGGGUAGUGCUAGGUUACGCCGCAGCAGCAGAAGCAAUAAUGGUCCUUCUUCUCACAAUCCCUGGCCUCGACGCUCUCCGUAAGGGACUCGUCGCUGUUACCAAGAAUCUUCUCAAACCAUUUCUAUCUGUUGUUCCGUUUUGUCUCUUUCUUCUCAUGGACAUUUACUGGAAAUACGAAACUCGACCUAGCUGUGAAGGUGAUUCAUGCACUCCUACGGAACAUCUUCGUCACCAGAAAUCAAUCAUGAAGAGUCAGCGUAACGCGCUUCUCAUCGCUUCUGCGCUUCUUUUUUACUGGCUUCUUUAUUCCGUUACAAAUCUCGUUGUUAAGAUCGAUCAUCUGAAUCAGCGUCUUGAACGUCUCAAGAGGACUGAAUGAAUUGCUGAUUUCUGUUUUUUGUUUCAAGAUAUAAGUCUGUUGAAUUUGUGUUCAUCGCAGUUUUUGUUAUUGUUAUGAUGAUGUUAGUAAGCCAUAAUUAACAAUUUAUAUCCAUGUAGAUCUAUGUUUGUUUGAACGAUUAUGAGACGAUUAUUUGGUUAAUCGUAUAUUAUUAUAUUGUAA